CAGACAGACCGCGAGCAUCCAUCGCGCUGGUCGAACGUACCAUCAGGUCACUGGUUCAAGGUCACGAUCGCAUCGUCUCCGAAAUAGUUGCAAAUCGAAGUGUUUUCGCGCUCGUUUUGAUUUUAUUUUUAAUUAUUACGGCGCGGCUGAAGGCCGCUCCCAUUCGUCGUGCACAUGCCGACUAGCUCGUGCAAUCGCGCGCGCGCCGCAACGUAGAUCAAAACAAGAUAUUUGUUGCAACGUAUCUUGAUUUUUCCGUGCUGCAAUGGCUUCCAAGGUUCUCGUUCCGACUUCUCCCUUCGCCAAACUGCAGGUGAAGAAGUCACCCCCAGAAGCAGCAUCCAGCGGUUUCUUCGUCGGCGCAGACGCGGGCGCGCGUGUUGCCCAUCUGGAGCACAGCGUGCGCUUCCUGCAAGAGCAGCACCGACAGAUGUUGAGCGGGCUGCACGCUGAGAUAGAGGCACUACGAGAAAGGAAUCGAGAUCUUCAGUUUCAACUAAUUUUCAACAAAGAUUCUGCACCAAAAUCCAGUGCUACAAUCGGUGACGAGCCCGCGGUGAUUAACGAGGAGGUACAGUCUCUGCGCGUGGACGUGUGCCGCUUGGAGCGCGAGGCGGCGGCGGCGCGCGGCGAGGCGCGGGCAGCUGAGGCCCGUGCCCUGCAGCUGCAGAAGCAACUGGACGCCCUCACUGUGAAGCUGAAGACACUAGAUUGCCGGUCGGGCGAGGGCGAGGGCGAGGGCGGGGGCGAGGCAGAGAGCGGCGCGGGUGGCGGGAGUGGGGGCGGGGGCGAGAGCCGGGGCACGCUGCGCGCGCGGCUUGCGGACGCGGAGAGGCUGGUGCGGCGGCUGCGCGGCGACGCCGAGCGCCAGCGCAGAGAGGUACACGCCGGCGCAGCGGCCGCGGCGGCCCCGGGCGGCGCGGUCACGAACCUCUUGUUCGACGGCGCCGCCGCCCGACACGCACACCUGCAAUGUAUGAAGAACUCACUCCAGGCGACCGUGCGCGCCGGCGCCUUCGAUAGUUUCGGCUUCCAGAACACUUACGCCUUCCCUCCCAUGCAGGACUACUGGGUUGACACAUUAGCUGAAGAGGUGCCGCGCGGGGGACGACGGCGUCCCCUGGCUCUACCGGAGCUGGUGCCACAUAGAGCUACUAUAUUUGCCAAUCCUCAUGCACGCGGGAGAAGUUACGGAUAUGAGAAGAGCAAAAAAACGUCAGUGACCAACGGCGAUACUGUUAAUGGGAAGCCGGCUGAAGAACAUCAUGAACAGACCCGAUUAAAAGAGUUAAGCACUGACAAUUUAUCGAAAAAGAAUGAUAAAAAAGUGGACUCUAUGGUUACGUAUCCAGAGUUGAAAAUUGUGGUUACAAAAAUAAUACCACACGGAAAGGUGAACGUGACGGGUGCGGGUGGUGCGGGGGGUGCGGGUCCCGCAGGGGAGGCGCGCCCCCGCCCGCGCCGCCACCACCGCAAGCACGCCACAGACCACACGUAACCUAUCAUACCUACCAAACUAUAUGUCUCAAUUAUCCAUGACACUGACCUCUGUAUUCCAUGGGAUAGGCUGUAAGCCGUGGUAUUUUGUGCCUAUUUGAUUAUCGCCAUUUUGGCGAUGACGGUAGCGAUGUUGGAAACUCGAACUAAUUGGAGGAAGAAUUAGCCGAUAAUAACUUCAGUUGGCGCUUUAAAUUCUGAAUUAAGAAAAGCUGUCAUUUCUAAGUACUGACUAUGUAGCGGAUAUCUAGAGGUCAGUGAUCUAUGACGAUAGACCAAUGUAAAACACCACGUCUUUGAAUUAGUACCAUUUUAAUUUAUCGUGUUUUCAUAGGUGCAUUUACGUAGUCUAAAAUAGACAAUGUUGUGUGCGUAAAGCACUUAACAAUUGCAAUGAUUUAUCGAUUAUUUUGCUCAACAGAAUUUGUUUUGAUUACUAUUGUUGCACAUAUUACCGUUGACUUUUUUUUGACGUUACAAUGACAAUUAUUUUCCCGCGCUGUCAAACAGAUAAUGACAUUACGAUCAAAGACUAUGUAUUGUUUUUUAUUUGUUGUUAAUUAUUGUUAAUCUGCGCUUUGUGCCGUUCAUUUUUGUUUCUUAUUUUAAAUAAGAAAUUUAAAAAGAUGGAAAUGGUGACAUAAAAUGGUAAGUUGUAUUUGGAGAUCAUAGACAUACAGUGAAACAAAAGCGAAACGCACACACAAAUGUCGUUAGUUCUCGAAAGUUUAAAAAUUACUUAUGAUAUGUCAAUUGUAUAAUAGAAAAAAAGUUUCAAAAUAAUAGAUGAUGUAUAUGAAAAAAAUCUGAUAUCAAAUUUUGUAGGAAUCAUUUGGAAUAAUAAGAGUAAUCGUUUAUCACGCAUAUGCCUUCCCUUUCCACCCAUUUUUAAAUGUAUAUUCGAUAAUUAUUUAAUGUGCUCAAUAUUAUAUUUUUUCCUUUAUAAUAGUAUGAUAAUCAUUCCAAAAUUAACUAUUUACUGCUGCAGGAAUUCCACAAAACACGAUAUUCCAUCUCCACGAAAUAUGAAAGUUGUGAAAAGUAUGAUGUAAGACAGGAUUUUGACUGCUGGACCAUCAGAAAACUAAUUGUCAUCGGUUUCACUUCAGAGAGAAUGAAAGAGAUGGCAAUAUGUUUCGGCAUUCAAAACCGACGGUUAUAAUUGCGCGCGGAAAUCUUUUAACAUUGAUUAAAAACAUCUUGUUCACAUAAGCGGCAUGACAUUUUAAUGUACAAGUUUCUAGUCAUUUAAAAACCAUAGAGUAACAAAGAUUAUGUAAUUAAAAUAUGUUAAACUUGGUACAUUUCUUACAAAUAAUAUUAAUCCAAGUUCAUGUAUCCAUUUUAACUGUAAAAUACUAUUUUUAUUCUAUAAAAAGAACUUUCUCUAUGUGACAUUGCACUGUUUCUCAUAACUUUAAUAUAAUCAUUCCAAUUUAUUAUUUUUUAAUUGAUAGAAAGUUUCGAGAACGCGUUUUUGUGCCGCUAGUGUGAAAAUUAGUCCUUAGCUACAUUUAUGAGAGUGAUUGUAAACCUUCGAAACGCUAUAUUUGUAGCCUUAUCCAUAUUAAUCUAAUUAAUAAAUUAUAUAACUAUAAUUAUUGAUAUAUUAAUAUAUUUAUUGCGAUUC